UUGUGAGUGUUUUAUUUAUUGAAAAUGAGUAAACCGAGGAACCCGAAGAUACACAAUGUUAGGUUUUACAAACCUAAACCGAAUGCAGUUUACUGUAUGGCUCUCCAACCCCAGGGCAAUAAGUUAGCUGUGUCAAGGGCUGACGCAAGUGUCGAAAUAUGGAACUUGACUCACUGUGCCUUUAUCGAACGUACAAUUGCUUCCUCGACUGAGAAUUUCAGUAUUGAAGGUCUCGCAUGGUGCGAUGAUCGCUUAUUUAGUGUGGGGCUUCAUGGGCUUUUAAUUGAGUACGAUUUAAUGAAAUUGGAUCUGAAAAGUCGGUCUGUGGUCACCGGCGAGGCAGCGUUUUGUCUGGAUGUUAAUAAAGAAAAAACUCAAAUUGCAAUUGGGACUGAACAAGGCUAUUUGAACAUUUUUCAAAUUACCGAGGAUGAGGUCCUGUUUGAAAAGUUUUUAGAUAAGCAGGAAGGGCGCAUUUUAUGUCUAAAGUUUGAUAAUUCAGGCGAAUUUAUCGUUUCUGGAAGUAUGGAUGCGAUCCGAAUUUGGAGCGUCAAAACCAAUCAAGCGUUGCAUAAAAUGAUCCCUGGUCGUGCUGAACACAACAAACCAACAAUAGUGUGGUGUCUUGCCAUCACACAAGACUUUACAGUAAUCAGUGGCGAUUCCCGGGGCAUUCUCACCGUCUGGGAUGGCAAAGUGGGCGCUCAACUUGAAUCGUACCAAUCACAUCGUGCAGAUAUUCUUUCACUUUGCCUGUCAGAGGACGAAAACUCACUUUAUUGCGCUGGUAUAGACCCAAAUGUGGUCAAUUAUGUGCGAAUUGAAGUCAAAGACGGAGCUCAUAAAUGGGUGCGUAGCAUCCAAAGAAAAAUUCACGACCACGAUGUGCGCGCUCUUGUUCUCAAUGGCAAUAAAUUGUACUCGAGCGGAGUCGAUGGCUACUUGACUUGUAGUUAUCAUCCGCCGAAAACUCUCCUUAAGUAUCCACCAAUUUUGCAAAACCCUUGUGUGACUAUUUGUGCAAAAGGGCGAUACGUGAUGUUACGUUACCCCAAAUUAAUCGAAAUUUGGAGUCUUGGAGAGAUUGGGAGCGAUCGUGAUAAACACACGGGACUCUACAAUGUGGAGAAAGCUCCUCGGAAAUUGGUGGCGUUGCAAAAAGUUGUCACUGACGAUGAGGGAGUUGAAAAACACGAAGGGAUUAUUUGUAGUACGAUUUCGGACGAUGGUACUUUAAUUUUGUACAGUACAAGACUAGGAGUUAGGUUACUUAAGUUAGAUUGUGGGGAAAGUACCCCAAAAUUGGUGCCGAUUGAGACAGACGGGUUAGGGGUGUCUCCAUGCGUUAGUGCAAAAUUUACGAAAAAUAAUCGCUUGAUUUUGGCGCCAAAUUCGGGGGGUUUACAGGUUGUUGCAAUAAGUAGUUGCAACGCCGUCUUGAUGCAAAAUAUCAAUACAGAAACAGAAAUUGAGGAUAUGAUUGUGUUAUUGGCGGUCUCUGACUCUGCCCAGUUUUUGGUAGGUGGUGAUGUUAGAGGUAAUAUUGCUGUGUGGACUUUAAAAAAUGACCAAUAUGUUUUUCACUGUAAAUUACCCAAAUAUAAAUUAAGUCCCACUGCGAUAGCCAUUCAACCGAAUUCAGCGAAUCUAGUAGUUGCGUUUAAUAAUAAUAACAUUAUUGAAUAUGAUAUGAAUAGGAGAGAAUUAACGAAAUUUUCCAGAUCUUUGGCGAAAAAUCUUCCGAAACAAUUGACGUCUAGAGUUUCCCCAAUUCGCAAUAUUACUUUUGAUUCUAGGGUAAAAGAUGUUAUUAUUUUACAUGAUGAUGAUAGCGUUUUGGUCGUCGACAAAGAAAAGACUACAACCAAUAGGGAAUCCAAGGUGCGAAAAAUCGACGGCGAAAGCAAAGAACAGUUUGCAGUUCGUUGUAUAAAAAAAUUCAAACACCUGGUGCACCUGAGCUGGAUUUCCGAUGAUGAAAUGGUGGCAGUGGAGGUCAAUCCUUUGAGUCUCAUCGAGCAACUGCCCCCAUGUCUGGUGCAAAAUACUUUUGGCCGAAAAUAAAUGUUUUAAUAAAUAA